AUGGAAAAGUAUAGCCAGUAUCGAGACAAAGCCACGGGCAUCGCGCCUUUUCUCGCCGUCACGACGCCCCUCUCUGCCGUCUCGACCGUCACCCACAGCCUCCUCUUCCUCUUCCGUCUCCCCUUCUUCCUCAUCUACGCCCUGACCUACUUUGUUCUCUUUCACAAUCUUCCGCUUCCCGUCGUCGCUCGCAAAAUCGCCCUAUGGGGUCUCAUGGCCAUUCCCGGCAUUUGGUGGGUUGACCUCCAACUCGACGGCGUCAAGCGCGGCACGUUGUCCGAGCAGCCUCGUGAACGAUUUCCACAUCCCGGCUCCGUCAUCGCCGCCAGCUUCACGAGCCCCAUAGACGCCCUCUAUCUCGCCGCCAUCUUCGAUCCCGUCUUCACCAUCUCCUACCCCGGCACGCGGAAAGUGCAGCGUGUCGGACUGCUCGGCGCCGUCGCCAUGGCUCUCGGUCCCGUUCGCACCGCCCCGCCGCCCGAUGCGAUACUUGUCGACAUCAAGGAGCUGCUCCAGGAAAAUGCCGAUCGGGUCAUCGCCGUCUUCCCCGAGUGCGGCACGACCAACGGCAAGGCCAUCUUGCCUUUCGGUCCGGGACUGCUCCAGUGCCCGCCCGACGUUCACCUGUUCCCCGUGAGCAUCCGCUACACGCCAUCCGAUGUCACGACCCCAAUCCCUGGCCAGUGGAUGGCGUUUCUGUGGAACCUCCUCUCGCGACCGACGACCUGCAUCCGCGUCCGGAUAGCCGAGGGGCAGACCAUGGGCGCUGCUUCCGCCUCCACCAACGGCGCCGGCAACGGAAACGGUGCCGGCGAGCUGCGGCUCCGGAAACCCGUGGAUGACGAGGUAUCUUCUGGCGAGCAGAGAGUUCUGGAUCGCAUCGGCGACGCUCUAGCCCGGCUCGGCAGGGUGAAGAGGGUCGGGUUGACGAUGAAGGACAAGGCAGCGUUCGUUUCCGCCGUGACUGCAAAGAAUGACUAG